UUGUGUUAUGCUCGUUCUUCUUGUGGUGGGGUAUAUAGAUAUCUUUCUAAUUGAACGGCACUUGCAUCACGUCAGCCAGUAUUAUCUUUGGUUAGAGGUCCGAUAACAUGUAGCUACUACAAUUGGAACUGCCAGAAUACUAUUGCUGUUGCAUUCAAUAAACAUUGUUUAAGAAUAUUGAUCGACUGCUAUAGAACCAUGGAAUCUUUCGAAAUAUUGUGCGGCAUUGCUGCUGUACUUGUCAGUGUGUAUUAUUAUUUUACGUUCAACUUUAAUUUUUGGAAGUCGCGUGGCAUUUGUGGCCCGAAACCGAUACCAGGGUUCGGUAAUUUUAAAGACGUUAUGCUUAUGAAGAAAUCCACACCUGAUUAUUUGAUGGAAAUAUACAACAACUACAAAGAUGAGUUCAUGGUUGGAAUAUUCAUUAACAGGACACCCGUUCUUAUUGUAAAAGAUCCGGAUUUAAUUAAGGAUAUUCUUAUCAAAGAUUUUACCACAUUUGCCGAUAGAGGAUUUCCACUUCAUGAAAAGUUAGAUCCACUAUCGCAACAUCUUUUCGCUUUGGAGCCUAAAAGAUGGCGACCUUUAAGGACAAGGCUGUCGCCCGUUUUUACGUCCGGUAAAUUAAAGGAGAUGUUUUCUUUAAUAUCACAGUGCUCCGAUCGACUUGAACAAUACAUAGAAACAUUAGCAAGCAAAAACGAGCCUAUAGAAUGUCGCGAAUUGACGGCCAAGUAUACGACCGAUGUAAUAGGUACUUGCGCCUUCGGCAUUGAGAUGAAUGCUAUGUCAGACGAAGACAGCGAAUUCCGCAAGAUGGGAAGAUUGGUCUUUGUGCCAACUUGGGAGAAUAUUCUACGGGCGAAAUUCAAACAAUUUCUGCCAUGGCUUUGCGAUAUUCUCAGUUACAUCCUACCAAAAACAGAGGUCAACAAAUUUUUUACACGCAUUGUCAUAGAGACCAUGACCUAUAGAGAUGCGAAUAAUAUUGUUAGGCACGAUUUCAUUGAUAUAUUGCGCGAAUUAAAAAAACAUCCAGAUAAAGUGAAUAAUAUCGAUUUGACCGAAAGCUUGAUAGCUGCUCAAGCAUUCAUAUUUUUCGUUGCCGGCUUUGAAACUUCAUCGACGACCAUGAGUAACGCUCUUUACGAGUUGGCAUUAAAUCAGAAAAUACAAGACAAGCUACGUGAGGAAAUUAAUGAAGAAUAUAUCAGACAUAAUGACAAUUUUACGUAUGAGAACAUUAAAAAAAUGAAUUAUUUGGAUAAAAUUUUUAAAGAAACUUUACGAAAAUACCCGCCGGUACCACAGCUUACAAGAAAAACGACGUCGAAUUAUACUUUUGGUGGUAUCAAAGUUAAUAUACCAAAAGAUCAGGACAUAUGGAUUCCCAUUUACUCGAUUCAACGAGAUCCUGAUAUUUAUCCGAAGCCAGAUGUGUUUGAUCCAGAAAGAUUUAAUGACGAAGUUGUGCAAACCAGGCACCCGAUGUUUUAUCUCCCUUUCGAUGACGGACCAAGGAAUUGUAUUGGUGCCCGCUUCGCUGUUCAUCAGACAAAGAUUGGGCUUAUAAAGAUAUUACGAAACUAUAAAGUCGAAACUUGCGAAAAAACGCCAAUACCAUACGUAAACGAUGCUAGGACGUUUAUAUUAACACCAUUAGGUGGAAUAUAUUUGAAAAUGAUUAAAAUCCAUCAAUCUUAGUUUACGCUCAGUCUUUUCUCUCAAAAAACGUGCGUCAAAAAAGUGAAGAAAAUAUUCAUAAAAGAGAAUAAUAAUUGCCGAAAGCUUGAUAGCUGCUCACGCAUUCAUAUUUUUCGUUGCCGGCUUUGAAACUUCAUCGACGACCAUGAGUAACGCUCUUUACGAGUUGGCAUUAAAUUAGAAACUACUUUAAUUGAAUUAUUAUUAUUUUAUUAAUAUCUAUAGUAGUAAUAUUAUUUCGUGACUAUAUUAAUUUAUUAAUAAUUCGGAUUAAUUAUCUUAAAUUUAUAUUCUUACAUGUAUGAUAGAAAGAUAGCUAUAUUUUUUCUUCUGCUGAGUUAAUGAGAACGUGUAAAAAUAGAGAAUAAGCAACAUAUAAAGUGUUUAUAAAUUUUCGAUAUUUUUAACAUUGUUAAAUAAUAUACAUAAACAUUAUUUUUGUAUAUCC